UUCAAAUUUUGAUUUGAAAUUUCCAUUGUUUUCAAUAGCAUAUUUCCUUAUAUUUUUUCAUGGUAAAAGCAAUUUUUUUAUUGUGCAAUAUUGCAUCAUCUUUUAACUAUUGGAAAAUACCAAUAAAACGGCUGAUGCAACAAUAUUUGUGAUGAAUUAUUGCAUCAUCCAAAACAACCGCCUUUCUAAGAAAUACAACAGUCCAGCUGUAAUGAUGGAAUCAGCUAAGAAAAUGGCUUAUUUUGGGUAAUAGUCGGUCAGAUUCCAGCAAGAAGUCCUUUCAAAUGGAAAACACUAAAGGUGUUGGUUCCAGUGAUGCUCUAGAAGAGAGCCGAAAAUCAUCACUGCGAUCCCGGAAACUUGAAAAAAAUGCUGAAAUGAAUGCUGAAAAGAAUGAAGACAUAGAAAAGAAGCAAAAGGAGAAAAACAGGCUGAAAGUCAAGGCAUGGAGAAUGCGUCAGAAAACAGAAAACUCCACAAAAUAUUCUGAAAUCAAAAAGAAAGACACAGAAAGAAAGAAGGAAGCUCGAAUGAAAGUGAAACUCAUGGCCAAUUCAGAUCCUGAAUUAAAAGCCUCCUUAAGAAAGAAAAAAGCUGAAGAAAUGAAAAGAUACAGACAGAGAAAAAAGAUGAAAACAACAUGUUCUUCUGAAGAUCCUGGUGUUAAAAAGAGUAAGAAACCGGCUCUGGAAGAAAAAAAGAAAAAAGCUGUGAAGCGAACACAAGCCUGGAGAAUGCGAAUUAAACUUAAGUCUCCUACAAUUCCAAUUGUUAACACAGUUGAUGAAAAUGACAGUCAUGGAGAAAGCAGACAGAACAAAAGUAACUUAUCCCGUGCAACAGUAUACAGACGAGCGCAAAUGGUGAAAGGCAUUCUGCCUAGGACACCAAAGAAGAAAGCCGCCAUUUUAAAGAAGCUUAUUGAGUCACCUUCAACAUCCAAAGUACUUUCUGACUAAGGAGUAACAAUGACACCAGCUUGUAAGAAGAAACUUGAAGUAGCAGAUGCUAUAGUGAAUUCCUUGAAAGAAAGUAUUUCCGAAGUAAACAUUGGUGUUCGAAAAGACAGAGAAAAGAAACAUGCAUAUGAUGUAAUACGUGAAUCAGUACUAAGGAAAUACAAAAAGAUCACAGUUAGUAAAUAUUUCAAUGUGUCUUACAAGACAAGGAAUAUGAGAAAUGAAUGGUGGAAAAAGAAACAGAGAAAAA